AUGUUCGAUGUUCGAAUGGGUGCUUACACUCAGUGUGAGUUCGAUGGAGACCGCAAUGCUUGUGAAGAUAUGCAAAGGGCUCUAGGGCCGUCCAAUUACGAACCCGAAGAUACAUGUCUCAGUUACCGCUAUCUUUUCGACCUCGACGGAAAUGGCAUGAGCACGCGAUUUUAUCGUCUUUUGUCGCGAAAGGCGAUUUUUCUGAACCAAACCUGGUUCCAGGAAUGGCAUGAUGAUUGUCUUGUUCCGUGGGCUCACUAUAUCACUAUCACAAUGGAAAUUUAA